AUGUUGGCUGACUUGCGACAAAUCCUGGUUGAGGAGUGGAAUGCCGUCCCACAGCAGUGUGUGACCAGGCUGCUGACCAGCAUGAGGAGACCAGAUAUCAAUGUAUGGCUGGACAACACUGAGCUGACAGCCAUAGGAAGUCAAGGCAAAUUUGUGUCUUUGUCGGUAACGCCACUCGAUGGACAUGAAUUACGCACCGAAUAUGAAGGAAUCGCACAAGUGUGGAACUUCUCGAUUGUUUCGGAUUCCAUAAAUGUGAGUGGCACACAGAGAACGGCGCAUCUUCCCUCCAGCGCAACUGCGGAAGCGCUCAAGACUUUCCGGACAGAGGAAGUGUUUCCCUGUGAAAACGGCACAGAGUAUCUCCAUCAGAAGGAGAGCUUCAUCAUCGCGCUUGGCUACUCCCGUCGCUUUCCCCUGAGGCAGGAGUCUGGGGCUGCCUCCGCGCUCCUGGUGGCCUGGAGCGGGAGAUCCCUGGCGGCCCACGACCCCCCGCACAGAGUGACUCUGUACCAGCUGGAGCCGAGCGGCCUGGUGCCCUUGUGCAACGACACCGCACACGCGCCGCGCUACCUCUUCACCGGCCUGCAGGGGUGCGGGAGCUACGUGGCGUGUGUGGAGAGGGCGCGCGGCCCCUCCCUCCUGUGCCUCGCCACGCUCACCGAUCCCGACGUGCCCGCAAACUUCCGGGUGACGGCGUGGGACAGCAGCAGCCUGACGGUGGGGUGGGACUAUCCCCCGAGCGACCGGCUGGCCUCCUUCCUGGUCACCGUCUUCCACACGAACGGCUCCAGCCACAUCCUGGAGGAGAGGAGCUCAACCUAA